GGAGAUCUGAUACGAGUAGGUCUCGAAUAUCUUUAAGAACCGCGCAAGAGUGUAGAAAAAGAGACCGCUCCGCUCGGAACGAGAGCAUUGUGGGCGACCCAGAAAACGGGCUUGGCUCCGGUCUCGCGCGGGACUUUCUCGGCGGCCUUGCUCGAAGCACCGCGAACAUGCUGUACAUAUUCAGCGUCGAACCGGGCAACAUGCUCACCUUCGACAUGGACUACGCUUGCGAAAGCGUGGGCCAGUUGAAGGAAGUCAUCGAGCAAACCCAGAGUAUCGCCGUGGACAAGCAGGUUCUCCUGGUUUCGGGAGGCGAAUGCUUGAACUCUGCGGCGGCGGUAUCGUCCUACGGUUCUGGCACGGAUACGAACCCCAUCUUUCUUUUCAACAAGAAAUUACACGAAGCUCCUGAUCCGACCACACCGGAGAUCAAACGCCACAAUCCUCACAGCGAUAAAUUAGAUUUACAGAUACGCAGGAAAUUAGAGAUGGUAUGCAAUCAAGAACCUUCCAUGAAUACCUUGAGAGCUCGCACUUCUCUCGCCCAGGAAUUCCUACAACUAUCCCAGGAGGAGGCGAAACUGUGCAAAGAGCGCAUUCACGAGCAGCAUCUCCAGCAACAGGCGUGGUCUGCGGUGAUUGCGAACCUUGAGGAUGCCAUGGAGGCUUUCAAAUAUAAAGCAAAUCGUUUCACAACAUCUUUCGGGAGCUUUCUGAACCGUCAGUCCCACUUCCGAUCGAUGCUGGAGGCUUUUCCAGAGGACAGCAAAAUGCUGUCCCAGGUUCCUCUACUCGACAAGCUCACCCAAAUUAUGGCCGAGAACCAGAGCCCGAACUCCACGUCUCAGGGUAAGAUACAACAAUCUCCGGCCACCUUGCUGGACUACGUGCUUCGCUCGGAUCCUAAUGCGUCACUCGAUGGUUUAGCGGAGCGUUGUAAGAAAGGAUUGCAGCACAUCAACCCGGAAAUGCUUGCUCAAGUGCGGAACCAGGUCGAUGAGCUAGUUUCUCGAGUCGAGAAGCCACAGUUCAAGCAGAUACGAGGUCUCGAAAAACGUUUGAGCGGUCUCGAAGAGUUGCAACAGAAAGCCGAGCAAGUGGUUGCGGAUCAGGACGCGUUAUUCCAACACUUCCAGUCCCUAUAUACGAGGGCUUCGAAGUUGAAAGAACUCGAGAGACCCCAAGUUAUUCCAGAGCUCUCUGCGAUGAACGGACGCGAUCUUACGUCGAUGCACGAGAAAUACCUGAGUCUUCGGGAUAUUGCGCGGCGAUGCACUCACGCUAAAGAAGAGCUAUCGGAAAACCUCAAGGUCCGUCUCUACUUCAUCACCCGGAACGAAAAUCUCAUUGCGGAACUGUCGGUUACGCUGGCCGCGUACGAGCAGAAAAUCGUCAAUCUUGCUUCGGACAUGUCGAAAAUCGAGCAGAUCCACUCAGCUCCCCAAGUGUACGCUCGGUCGGUGGCUGAAGUCGUUCGCCGGAAGCAAUAUUCGAAUCUUUUCCUCAAAUGGGCUGGCCAAAUAUCGGCGCACUGUACGGACGUCUACCGACAAGAGGUAGAUCAACGUCGGAGCUACAACCUCCAAAUUCGUAGUCAUUUCCUACGAUCGCUCUUCCCCGGUCUCGAAGACAUGCCCCCGCCGUUUGCGACGAAGAAUCCAAAAGUUUUCGACGAUCGUCUUCCGGGCGUCGAGAUCGCGGAUGUCGACUCCCUCAAGAAGAGUGUCCCAGCCGACCUGAUAAAUUUACUCGAAGCAAGCGGCUCGGUACCGUCGCUGUCCUUCAUGGACCUAGAGAGCCACACGUCCUCCGACAUCUCGAAGAAGACCGAAUCCGACAGUGUCUCCCAUCAGGGAGUUCGUAUUUUCGAAACGAAUCUGGCGAAUAGCCCCGUGGACCCUGGUUACGUCACUGACAACAGCAAUAACGCAAACCUUGAGAAGAUGCUAGACAGUGUUGCCCCAUUUCAGGAGAGAAGUCCGGCCGCGGAGGCGAAGCCGGAGCAAGAGACUGGAGACCGAGCCAAAAUGAAAAAAACCGUCGAAGGACUUAAGAAUUCGGUCGGAGCCUUCGCCGUUCAGGCCACAACGCUGGCUGAAGAUGUGGCCCGCUGGAAAGCCGAAAUCAUGGGAGACGCAAACGAGAUCACUGCGUCGCUCCUGCAAUUGGUGAAUGGCCUCCAGAACGAGAAAGAGGUCUUGAUGGGCAAGCUUGAAAUCGAGCAACACAAGCUCAAGGAUGCGCAGAGCGAAAUCGAAAUCUACUACGACCAGCUGCGUCAAAUGAAAGAGGUCGUCGAGCAGUCGGAGACCGAAAUGCGCAUCCGAGAUGCAGAUUUCCGGAGCAGCAUCACCAAGCUCGAACUACAACAUGAACUGGAUCUCGAGCAGCUGCAGUCCAAAAGCUGUCAAGUCGUCAAGGAAUUCGAAGCGCGGUUGAACGAAGCUCAGAACGAAAUCUGUAUGCUGCAGCGCGACCGCGACGAGCAUCAAAUGCAGAUUGAACGCAUGCAGGCAGAGUUCGAGCAGCGUCUCGCCCUAGUGAACGAAGAAUACCAAAGACGGGAGCUGGCCGUCCGCGAAGAACUGGAACGUCAGCACAAGAGCGAUGUCGAGAGCCUCCGAUGCCGUUAUCGACUCACCGCGAGCGUCAUAUCUGAUAGUGGCGCGAGUCCACCACCGCCAGCUUCGCCUUCCCAGGAGAUCGAGGCCCGCUGGAGGCAGCGAGAGCUCGAGCUCCUCGAGAAGAUAACCGCCUUGGAACAGGCUCUUGAGGACAGGAACGGUAGGCAUCUCCGAUCUCUAUCGAAACCUUCUCCCGCGGUCGAGACGUCCAUGGAGACGGAGAGCGCUCCCGCAUCCGCUGUAGGACCCAUGGCUCAAUCCAUGCUCGAGUCUCAGUACCGCAUAAUGUCGGAAAGCACCUUCGGCCAGUCGAUGAUGGAUUCGACAUUCCGCCUGCAGUCGCCGAACGCGAACACCGACUCGUUGGCGCGGGAAAUCAUCGAGCAGAUCCACGCCAAGGAAAUCGAAAUUCAGAAAUUGCAGAUUCAAUUAGCGCUCACUUGUGGUUUCGGAUACGUUUCGCCUAUCAGCUCUGAUCGCGUGUCGAUUCUCAGCUGUUGCAAGGGUGACACGGUUCUGUUGACCUAUGACGACAACUACGAGAACUACGUCAUAUUCAUGUUGGGCCCACUGCUCCAUUUCCUGCAUAAGGAUUCACUCGAUAUAAUGGGACUGAGCACGGUGCGGGAGAAGGUCACUCGGAGUUGGAUUAUCGGCGAAGUUGUGGAGCGUGAAUAUUGCGAGGCAAGGAGGGGAACCAAUCGGUACAAGGUGCCCGUGGGAACGAGGUUUUUCCGGGUAAAAGUACAUCCUUGGGACAGACAGGGAGCCGCCAAACGGGAACAGGAGCGUCGUCAAGUCCUCCGAGCGGCGAUCUCUGCUGCCCAGUCGCAAGCAAUCCCUCCUCCCCCGAACCCGGUUAGCCCUUCUCCGGCUUCACCAGUCUCCUCGCCGGCUACGUCGAUCUAG